AUGAAGAGCAAUGUCCUCAGGUAUCGUGGAAGCAACUUUUUGCGGCAGCGGUUAGUGCUUUCAACUGUCAGUGGCCGACCCAUUGUGAUCACGGACAUCCGCUCACAGGAUGAGGAGCCUGGAUUGAAAGAUUAUGAGGCGUCAUUCGUAAGACUCUUGGACAAACUGUGUGAUGGUUCGGAGAUCAACAUUGAUGAAACAGGUACGACAUUGAAGUAUCGGCCUGGUCAAAUCAUCGGUGGCAGCGGCUUGGUGCACACGUGUCCGCCCAGCCGAUGUGUGACAUACUUUCUGGAGGGGUUGCUGCUUUUGGCACCCUUGGCAAAACUGCCCCUGACUGUGCGAUUGAAGGGCGUCACCAACGGCAUGCAAGACGUGUCCUGCGACACCUUCCGCACGGCCACGCUGCCGCUGAUGGCCAAGUUUGGCAUCCAGGAGCUGAGCUUCAAGAUCUUGAAGCGCGGAGCACCGCCAGAGGGUGGCGGCGAGGUUACUUUUAGCUGCCCCAUCGCCAAAGCCAUCCAACCAGUGGAGCUCCUCAACGAGGGCAAGGUCAAGCGAGUGCGGGGCGUGGCCUACACCACCAAAGUUAGCCCGCAGUUCUCCGCACGCAUGGUCGACGCUGCGCGGGGGAUCCUCAACGACUUCCUGCCAGAUGUCUGGGUCUACACGGACCACUGCAAGGGCGAGGCCUGUGGUUUGUCACCUGGCUAUGGCAUCUCCUUGGUGGCGGAAACCAUUGCCCAGAGUCUCAAGUCAUCGGAUGCAUGUGCCGGCAUCGGUGCGGAAGCUGACGAGGAUAUUACCCCCGAGAGUGUGGGUUGCAAGGCAGCCUGGCGUCUCCUGGCAGAGAUCGACCUUGACGGGGUGGUGGAUACAACCCAUCAAGCCAUGGUGCUGUACUUCUUGAGUCUGGGCGAGGAGACAAAGCCAAGCCGGGUGCGCUUGUCACGGCUGAGCCCAGCUGCCGCUCAGAUGCUGCGACACAUCCGGGACUUUCUGGGGGUUGUUUUCCAGAUCCGCGAGGACCAGGGCGACGGCGGCACCGUGGUCUUCUCUUGUGUCGGUGCUGGAAUCACCAACACGGCAAGACGCACCUUUUGA